AUGUCCAUCGAGCAAAAGGGCUUCGCUCGCGUAUAUGAAGGAACGCGUCCGCCCCUGGACAGAGACUACCCAUGUGAACAAUCUUUCCCAUUGCCCUUCAAGUCACCUAUUCUCUCCUACAACUUGCAGUCGACUGGACUAUCCGCCAGCAUGUCUCAAGCUCAGGAGCAGUUCCCUAAGCACCAGCCCCUCCUCACGGAGGUAUCGGAGAAGUUGGCGGCAGCCCGCGAUCUCGUUCACAAGUCCAUUUCCCCCGUUCCUCCGCAUCCCGAGCCAGCUCCUGGUGCCACUGCGCAGCAGGCUGAGCCAACAAAUAUUUUGCAAGAUAUAAAGAAGCUCGGCUUUGAGGACAUUGAUACAUUGGCCGACUUUGGCAUUACUGCUCUACAAGGCAAAAUUGACGACAAUGACUUGCUUCUGGAGCGCCUCAUCCAGCUCUUCGCCAAGUUGCCCCGCGGCACCGUCAAGGGCAAGAGGCUGGAGUAUGGCUUAAUCAACCAGCUUUGGAAUGGUAUCGACCAUCCGCCAAUGACGACUCUGGACGAGAAGUUCAAGUUCCGUGAAGCCGAUGGCUCCAACAACAACAUCCACAGCCCAGCGAUGGGUGCGGCUGGCACAGCAUAUGCUCGGUCAGCCCCGCCAAUCGCCUACCAGACUCCCAACCAGCCUGAUCCCAGCCUUGUCUUUGACAUGCUCUUUGCUAGAGGCGAAGAGUUCAAGCCUCACCCCAACAAAAUCUCAAGCUUCCUCUUUUACCUAGCUACCAUCAUCACCCAUGAUAUCUUCCAAACGGACGGACUGAGUGGCGUCAACAAGACAUCAUCCUACCUUGAUCUUUCUCCUCUCUACGGUCGCAACCAAGAGGAGCAAGAUCUGGUCAGGACCAAGCUGGCCGGCAGACUCAAGCCUGAUUCAUUUUCUUCCAAGAGAGUUCUCGGCUUCCCCCCUGGCGUCGGCGUUCUCUUGAUGAUGUUCAACCGUUUCCACAACUACAUCGUCACACAGCUUGCAAGCAUCAAUGAAAACAACCGAUUUAACAGGCCCGCUGGCGAUCCUAUCGAUCCUCAAGCCAAGGCCCCGGAAGUCCCCGCGGAGCCGGCCGCGGGGGUCGAUAAGACCUCCGAGGAGCACAAGCAGUAUCUGGACAAGAAGGCUCUCUCUGAUCGUUGGAAUGCCUGGGUCAAGUACGACAACGACCUGUUUCAAACAGCGCGUCUCAUCACAUGCGGUCUUUAUGUCAGCAUCGUCCUCCGCGACUACGUCCGCACCAUCUUGAAUAUGAACCGCUCAUCCUCGAGCUGGGCUCUGGACCCCCGCACCAACGAGGGCAAGAGCAUCCUCAGAGCCGAGACCCCUGAGGGUACCGGAAACCAGGUAUCAGUGGAGUUCAACCUCAUCUACAGAUGGCAUUGCACCAUCUCGCCCAAAGACGCCAAGUGGACCGAAAAGGCGUUCCGCGAGCAACUCAAGCUACCGAACGACACCAGUAAGCCCCCCAAGGAAGUCAAGGACUUUACUCUCCAGGAGUUUGGUCACGCUGUGAGGGACUGGGAGAAACGCAUCGACGAUGACCCCGUCAACCGUGAUUUUGCUGGCCUGAAGCGUGGCAAGGACGGUGCCUUCCGUGAAGAGGAUCUAGUCAAGAUCUUCAAGGAAUCUGUCGAAGACGUUGCUGGCUCUUAUGGCGCCAACAGAAUCCCAGAGAUUAUGAAGCCGAUUGAGGUGCUCGGCAUGAUGAACGCGCGAAAUUGGAACGUCGCCACCCUCAACGAAUUCCGUGAUCACUUCGGCCUCACUAAGCACCCGACAUUUGAGGACAUCAAUCCGGACAAGGAAGUCGUCAAGAAGCUAAGAUAUCUCUAUGGCACUCCCGAUCAAGUUGAGCUGUACCCCGGAUUGAUCGCCGAGAAGGCCAAGCCUCCCAUCGCUCCGGGAAGUGGAUUAUGUGGUGGCUACACCAUGACCAGAGCUAUCUUGUCUGACGCAGUUGCCCUGGUUCGUGGUGACAGAUUCUACACCGUCGACUACACACCAAAGAACCUGACCAACUGGGGAUUCAACCAAUGCAGUUACGACCUCAACGUUGACCAGAGCCAUGUCCUGUACAAGCUGGUGUACCGCGCUUUCCCCAACUCAUUUGAGCAGAACAGCGUCUACGCGCAUUUCCCUCUGACGGUGCCCUCGGAGAACAAGAAGAUCCUCGAGAGCAUUAACAGAGAUUAUCUCUACUCCUGGAAGGAGCCGGUGACCAAGCGCAGCUUAAUUCCUAUUUUCUCUCACAAGGCAGUCAGUGAGAUUCUGUACAAUCAAACAGACUUCAAGGUUGUCUGGGGCGAAGCAAUCCGUCACCUGGUGGCGCAGUCUGGUAAGGAGUACGGCAAGGACUUUUGUCUGGCAGGUGACGGCAAGGCCAACACACAGAACCGCACUCAGGUCAGGAAGGCCUUGAUCACGGGUCCUUGGGAGAAGGAAGUGUUCAAAUGGUACACCCACAUGACGCCCCGGUUGCUGGAGCAAAACAGCUUCGCCAUCAAGAAGGGUGUCAGGGAGGUUGACAUUGUCCGGGAUGUCAUCAACCUGACAAACACACGAUUCAAUGCCGCCCUCUUCUGCCUGCCCAUCAAGAAUGAGGACUCGCCGUGGGGUGUUUACACUGACCAGGAACUGUAUGUGGUUGUCGCCACUCUCUUCCAGUCCGUUUUCCUGGAUGCAGACAUUGGGAACAGCUUCAAGCUGCGGACGAUUGCGCGCGAGCUCGGCCAGGGCUUGGGCCGGCUCGUGAGCCUCGUCUGUCAGACUAUUUCCAAGGCUGGAUUGAUCACGGACAUUGUCGCCAAGAUCAGAGAAGGAGAAGCCUCACUCCCCACCUUCGGAAACCAUCUCAUUGAGCGUCUCCUCGCGGACGGCAAGGACAUUGAGGAGGUGGUUUGGGGUACCAUCAUGCCCGUCGUCACUGCCAAUGUUACGAACCAAUCCCAGGUGAUGUCGCUUUGCAUCGACUACUACCUCGGCGAGGGUCACAAGCACCUGAGCGAUCUGUACAGGCUAGCCCACGAGGACACGCCUGAGGCGGACGAGAAGCUGAUGAAGUACAUGCUUGAGGGAUGCCGACUCCGUGGUACCGUUGCCGUGUACCGCGAGGCCGUCACUACCCAGGUCAUCACCGACUAUGCUCCUUGCCUCCUCGAUCCCAAGGACCCGACCUCGCGCACGCCCAAGGUCAACGACGAUAUUGAGGGCACCAAGUACGAGGUCAAGAUUCCCAAGGGCCAAAAGGUGCUUUGCAACCUGAUGACCGCCGGUCGCGACCCGACAAUCUUUGAGGCCCCCAACGAAGUGCGCCUCGAUCGCCCUCUGGAGUCCUACGUCCACUAUGGUCUCGGCCCCCACUGGUGUGCUGGUAAGGAGAUCAGCCGCGUGGCGCAGACGAGUCUGUUCAAGCAGAUUGUGGGCCUCAAGGGACUGAGGAGGGCCGACAAGACGCCCAACGGAAACGGAGGGCGUGGAAAGCUCAAGAACAUGCCUGCCGGCACGUGGAAUGGCCAGGUUGGUCUGCCUGUUGGCAAUCAAAAUGGCGCCAGCAAGAGGGAUGAGCCCUGGCUGGGCCUGCGCAGCUUCAUGACGGCUGACCAGAGCUCGUACUGGCCUGUGCCGACUACGAUGAGGAUCGAGUGGGAUGAGUGA